AUGAGGCAUAGCUUUGCAACUGGCCAGUUUAUACUGCUCUAUUUGAUCAUCGUAUUAAUUUAUAAAUUCUUCGACUGCCAUGAAAUUUGCACAAACCCUGAAUUAAAGAUAUACGACAAAGAAAUUUUUAAAAGUCAUGCAUAUAAUUUUUCUCAUCACUAUUAUUAUUCACGGACAAUCCUCUCUGAUCAGUCUCCUCCAAUUGUUAGCGGCAAGUUUGAAAUAUUGAAUGAUACUAAAGAAAUUAAUGCAACAUUCCCGUUUACGUUUUACGGUUCUCAAGUCACCAACUUCAGAAUAUUAACUACUGGGGAAUUAUUAGCCGUCAGAACGUCUUAUUAUCUAGAUGGUGAUGGUGAUGAAAAUUCGUAG